UAUCGACCAUCUGAAUUUCCCAACGUGUGCUGUCGCAUUAUCUCUAUACUUACGUAGGAGCAUGCGACAGCACGUAGUACAUAACAUACAGGGUGCGUAUAAUACGUGACGUGUAGUGGAGGGUGAAGAAAAGGGGGGGAGAGAGAGAGAGAGAGAGAGAGAGAGAAUUGUGUCAAGUUACUAAGCGCUGUCAUUUCUGCACGUUUCUGGCGGUGCGCUUCGCAACAUUCACUAAAUAUCGGUAGUGUUUUGUAGAGGCUCGGCCAGACGAACGCGUGUUUAAUUGAAAUCUGUAAUUGAAAUGGCCGACACAACCGUAGACGCGACACGGCGCUUAAAUGUGAAAAAACAAACGCUGGAUGACGCUUAUGCGGCGCCUGCGAAUUUUCUUGAGAUCGACGUGAUUAAUCCGAUCACGCACGGCGUCGGCAAGAAACGAUAUACCGAUUAUGAAGUUCGUAUGAGGACAAACUUACCAGUCUUUAAAGUUAAGGACUCAACAGUAAGAAGACGAUACAGUGAUUUUGAAUGGCUGAGAAAUGAAUUAGAAAGAGAUAGUAAGAUUGUGGUACCACCUUUACCAGGGAAAGCGUGGAAACGUCAAAUGCCUUUUCGUGGAGACGAUGGAAUAUUUGAGGAAGACUUUAUCGAAGAUCGGAGAAAAGGCUUGGAGGUUUUCGUUAACAAAAUAGCUGGACAUCCCUUGGCACAGAACGAACGAUGUUUGCAUAUGUUUCUGCAGGAACCGGUAAUAGAUAAGAACUAUGUACCUGGAAAGAUACGUAAUACAUAAGUCGCCAUAAAAAGAAAAGAAAAAAAAAGUAUCGCAAAUACCUUUUCCACCAAUCUGUCACACUCGAGAUCGCGUUUUCAUUACAUUGACAUCUUAUUUGGAAGUCACGAAUAUUCGUCUAUAUUCUUGCAAAAACCCAAGUAAGCUUCCAGUACUAUGAUAUCAAAUCAGGAUGCUUAUUUGGAAAUAUCCACCAUUCUAGUUAUACUCUUUAAAUAUUGUUACACGAAAAGUAUAGUUAAGCAUCUUUAUAAGGAAACAAAUAAAUGGUAAAUUGGCAAAAACCAUUCUGACAUGUUAAUAGGUUGAUUCUGUCUACUGUUAUGUCGUAUGAUACUGUUUAUAUAACAAAAGAAAUGAGUAAAAUAAAAAAAUGUUAUUAUUCAUAAGAA